CACUCUCUAUCUCUCUCUCUCUUUUUUUACCUCUGCUUUCUUUAUUCCACCCUCUGCCCCUCUCUGUCUCUACGACUUUAGCUUGUCAAGACUAUUUAUUUAUUUAUGCAUCUCAUUUGAAAGUCCAUAGCUUUUGUUGUCAUUUUAUUUGUGUUGUUUUUCUUAGCUGCCCCUUCCAAUGAGAAGACGUAAAAGAUGGAGCUUCACAUUUUAGAGCACAGCUUGAAAGUGGCGAGUAUAGAGAAAGAGGGCAUCCAGAUUUGCACUCACGGAUUAAUAAAACUCGCCUUCCUGGCCUCCAAAACAAGGUGCAAGUUCUUCAGCUUGACAGAGACCCCAGAGGACUACACCAUCAUUGUGGACGAGGAGGGCUUUAAAGAGCUGCCAGAGUCGGAGCACAUCAGCGUCGCCGAUGCCACGUGGUUGGCACUCAACGUGGUGUCGGGUGGCGGCAACGCCUCCACCUCGCAGCCCAUCGGUGUCACCAAGAUAGCCAAGUCAGUCAUUGCACCGCUGGCCGACCACAACAUCUCAGUGUUCAUGCUGUCCACGUAUCAGACGGACUUCAUCCUGGUCCGAGAGCGAGACCUGCCCAUGGUCAUGCACACGCUGUCUUCCGAAUUCACUUUACUGCGGGUGGUCAAUGGCGAGACGGUCGCUGCACAUAAUCUGGGCGUGACCAAUGGCUUUGUGAAGCCAAAACUGGUGCCCCGUCCCAUCAUUCACCCACUAUCCAGCCCCAGCAACAUGUUCUGUGUGACCAGCUUGGACCCGGACACGCUUCCCUCAGUAGCCACCCUCCUCAUGGACGUCAUGUUCUACUCCGGAGGGCCGAAGGAAUCGGGAGCAUCCGGCGAGGAUGCCAGCCACAUCCGCUUCUUCUCCUUCUCGCUGAUCGAAGGUUAUAUCUCUUUAGUCAUGGACGAACAGACCACUCAGAGGUUUCCAAACAACGUCCUCUUCACCAGCGCUUCUGGUGAGCUAUGGAAAAUGGUCCGAAUCGGGGGACAACCUUUAGGAUUUGACGAGUGCGGCAUCGUGGCUCAGAUAUCGGAGCCGCUGGCGACUGCCGACAUUCCAGCUUACUACAUUAGUACCUUCAAGUUUGACCACGCCCUGGUUCCCGAAGAGAACAUCCAGAGCGUGAUUGGAGCGCUGAGGACGGAGAGCACGGCGUAGCGAAAUGGGAAGAAACUCCAUGGUUUAUCAUUUCCAAAAAGUGCCAAGAGCUUCUUAGUGGACUACUGAGGAGCGGCUCCGAGAGGAAGGCGUUAACCACAAAGAGGGCGGGGUUUUCGCCUUUGUUGUUCGGCCAUUUUUUUCUCUAGCAUCCCGUGCUGGCCCACCCUGGUAGUUGUUGCUUUAGCUGACCAGACUGUCCUCUCUGACGCUGCUUCUCUCCCUCACAUGCCUACUGUGUUAGUUCCAGCUCCCUCUAGUGGAAGGAUGACGAAUGUACUCUCAAAAGAAAUAUUACAACUCAACCUUUUUCUUUAGUUUGUUUUAGGUCAGGUCAUUUUGUCAGUGCCAAGAUGUUUUUGUUUGAAUGCCGAAAGUGAUGAUGCCUUUUUGGUGAAAAACGUGUGCAAUUGAAGGAGGCCAACGCGUGGCGUCGAAGGCGUUGAAACGUGAAGUUAAACCACCAACCAAUUUCAAACUACCGCUAAUUUUGUAGGUAGUACCAGAGCCGUAACAGAGGUGCGGCGGCGCCGAUUAAGUGCAGUUUAAGACCAGACACUUCUGCUACUCCAGCGAUUGUCGUGAAGAGAAGAUGGUGGGCUUCCUUUACGGCAGCGUCCUGCGUCGCUGGACGAAUAAUUGCUGUUACAGCUCUGAGGCGCCCACUUUUGUCGGGAUGUACGUGAAAUAAGCGAUGAAUGUUUUGAUGCGUUCACACUGCGAGCAACAAGUCACUCCCCCGACUGAAGGAUUUAGCGGGUAAAUAUGUAGCAUUAAUCCAUAUGGUGACUACUUGAUCUGGAAGGAAAGAUUCUGCAAGACUUUCAGUUUUUUUUUCCUUUGUUGAUGUUGCUUUUAAUGUUUUAUUGGUAGCUUGGGCUAAGCUAACUUUCCAUUCAAUAUGUUUUGUAUUGUGAAAACAAAUGUGACUCAUGCGUAUGCUACUUCUUUUUUCACCCCCAAAAUAUUUGUCUGAAAUCGGUUAGCCCGCCAACCUUCAUCAAAUCGAGCUGUUUACUGCUAAGUAGCACAUUAGCAUGACAUGCUAAUAAACAUCGGUGUGCUAACAUAGUUUAGACAUUACCACACAAAAUGCUUACAUUUUCACUUAUACACUCGCUGAGGUUGAAAUUGGUUAUUUAGCUACAUGAUUAUGAAAUGAGCACGUUGUUCUUGGGUAAAAUUGUAUUCCAAUUUUUUUUUUUUUUAGCAAGGGAGAAAAAUUUAGUCAGUAAAAUGAUCAAAAUCAGCUAAAUUCUACCAAGAAUUAAAUCCCUGAAAAUGUCUUCACUAAAUUGUACUUAUUUAUUUUUGUUUCAAAAAGUAUGAAAUUGACCUUUUAAAAACAUAAUUAGCUAAGCUCAACCCAAAAAGGUGCUAGCGCCACCGAUUACGUCCACCGUAUGCCACAGUAAUACAAGGUUUUAGUAACACUAUGUCCACAAUGGACCCAAAAAACGCUCACAAGCUAAUGCUAAUAAACAUUACCAUGCUAACAUGAAUUACAGUCAUCCCUCAUUUAUCGCUGUUAAACAAUGCACAGGAACGGACAUAAGAGACAGCCGCCACUCAUAGCAUAUAGCAAGCUACUGAGCUAACAAGUUAGCCUCCAAUUUAUUUGUUCUAAACUUGAGACAGUAUUUCAAAUGGAGUGGGGGGGGGUGACGGCGUAAGAAUUCAAAAACGUGUUUUUCCAUUUCUCCACGGAAUGGGAGAACUGUUUUCCACUCCAUCAUGGCGGACAUUCCGUGGCUAACUCAUUGCAGUGUUAAUAUCUCAUCCAUGGAAAUUUACGGACGGCUAGUGACCACAAUACUACAUAUAACACAAUAUUUUUGACCUCAUAAUAGGCCGUAGUCGAUGGCUUAUUCAUUUUUUAAACAGUGCAAUACAGCGGGGGGCAGUGAUGUUUGAACCGCAAUGUAGCGAGGGGCGACUGUAUGGCUACAUUUCAAAUUGUUAGCAUGCAUUUUUAGAUUUUAUGCUAGCCGAGUACGGUUGAAAAUUGAAGUUUAAAGGCAGAAAUAUGGAUUCAGUCACACUAGUUAGCUUAACUUUUUCCCAUAACAAUAACAAGUCUAAACAUUUCACAUGUUAUUUAUUUUACCGGCAAAAGGUUAGGCGAGUAUCGAAGUUGCCCUUAAAUAAAAAAUAUGAAAUAUAAAAAAAGUUAGCUUAGCUUUGGCUGCUCGCGCCUCCAAACACGUACAUUGUAUGUUUGUGUUUUUGUGGACAGUUGCCAAGCCUAAAUGGAGCUAAAGUGAUGUAAGGGAUGUUGCUCCCAGUGUGACCUGGCGACCAUGUCGUCGUUUGCGUGUUGAAGUCAUGUAUUACUGAGCCACUUUGGACCAUGUGACGGUGUGCUAAACUUAAUAAGCUAACAUUCACACGAGGAGGGGGGGGGUGGUAACGCUCUGCCCCUUCGCCCCCAACCCUCCUCCCCCCACCUCACUUGCCCCAGUCUGCACUUUAUUGCAGGACCCCCCCCAGCCCCCUUUUCAAUCCCAAUAGGCCUGCUGUACUGAUGUGAAAACAGGCGGGAGCGCUAUAGAUCUUAGCAAGAAUGGGAGAUUAUACUAUUGGUCUUAACAUUUACAGAUGAUCACCUUUCUUUUCUUUUGCUUCUUUGAGCUUCUUCAGCACACUUUGCACCUAACACCUGUUCUUCUCUUCAGACCCGACUAGUUGCAAGAAUGCUGUCAGUGUUCAAAUACCAAGAAGGUGACAUUUCUACUGAUUGUGUCCAUUUCAAACCAUCUUGGAUUUUCGUUUGGAGACUUUUGUGUGUCAGGGGAUAAAAAGAUUCAACUAAACCACAUUUUUGUUUUUCCAUUUUUGUUGAGCUGUGAGUUUUGCGUCGUUUGUACGGUCUUUGCUUACCAACGGAGGAUUGAUUGUCCGUCACUAUUAUCUGUUCCCAAUGUCUACUUUAAUCAAUAAACUGCUGACAUGG